AUGUCAUAUUACGAUUCAGAUUUACCUGGUUAUUACGAUUCAAACGGAAACUUCAGACCCUGGAUGAAUUCUAGUUAUAGUUACUUAUCGAGAAAUCCAGAAAGAAUUAGUAAUGACUUGAAUUAUGGCAAACGUAUUUAUAUCUACCGAGACUACCCAUCCACUUCUAGUUACUAUUCUAGUGGACUUGGAUCUAGCUACUACCCAUCUUCUCGUCUGCGUCGAACCCAGUCAUAUAUUGGUCUAUUUGAUAAUAGCUCACUUUAUGGAUAUUCAUACCCAUCUUCACCUUAUCGGCGUCAAACAGUGGACAUAUUCGAUGACGGCAUGUAUAGCAGAUACUAG